AUGGCUACCAUCAACAUUCGUCGGGAUGUCAGUGAUCCCUUCUAUCGCUACAAGAUGGAACGCUUGCAAUCCAAGAUUGAAGGGAAAGGAAACGGCAUCAAGACCGUCGUUGCAAACCUUCCAAGCGUCUCAGCCUCCCUGGCCCGUCCUCCGUCCUAUGUCAUCAAGUACUUCGGUUUCGAGCUGGGCGCUCAGACAAACACCAACCCGAAGGAUGACCGCUGGAUCAUCAACGGAGCCCACGAAGCAAACAAGCUGCAAGACUCCUUGGAUGGCUUCAUCUCUAGGUUUGUCCUAUGCAAGUCAUGCAAGAACCCCGAGACCACAAUCAACGUCAAGGAUGGUCGGAUCUUGUUGGACUGCAAGGCAUGUGGUCAACGUACUGACGUCGACAUACGCCACAAAUUGAGCGGUUUCAUCCUCAAGAACGAACCGAAGGGUGGGAAAAGAACCAAGAAAGAAAAGAUGACGCGCCGCGACAGGGCCAAGGCCGGGACUCAGGAGAACGGUUCCGCCAACGGUGGCAGUCCGCAUGACUCCAACUCCGACAAGGGGGAUGCCGACGAGGGCGACCUCGAACUGGCCGCUGGCAGUGACGACGAGUUCACUAAACAGAUCACCCAGGAGGCAAAGAGCAUUGGAGCCAAGACCAACGGAGAGGUCAAGGACGACGAAUGGGCGGUCGACACCUCGGCCGAAGCCGUGGCCGCUCGUGCUAAGGAGUUGCCAUCCGACCUGAAGCGCUCGCUCGCCUUCGACGAAGAAGAAGAGGGUGAGGGCAAUGGGAUCAGUGUCUACGACCAACUUGGGACCUGGAUCAUCGACGAAACCAAGGCCAAAGGAUCUGUCAGCGAGAUUGACGACGUGGAAAUCUACAAGAAGGCCAAGGAACUGGGCAUUGAGACCAAGCACAAGACACUCACUGUGUUGGCCCAGACCAUCUUCGACGAAAACAUUGUCAAGCAAAUUCCCGCCCGUGCGGAGAUGCUCAGGGCCAUGAUUGGCGAGUCGGAGAAACACAUGAAAGCGUUCCUUGGCGGCACCGAACGCUUCAUCGGCAACGAUCAUCCGGAGCUGAUUCCUCAGGUCCCUGCCAUCCUCAUGGGCUACUAUCAGAAUGACCUUCUCAGUGAAGAGGUGGCCAAAGAUUGGGGCCAGAAGGCAAGCAAGAAGUAUGUCGACAUUGCGACCAGCCGAAAGGUCCGUCAAGCUGCCGACAAAUUCUUGCAAUGGCUCGACGAAGCCGAGAGCGAUGAGGACAGCGACGAGGAGAGUGAUGAGGAAUAG